CGGCGAUACACUCCGAUUCCCGGCUCUCCGCCCGGCGGCUCCGCAGCGCCCCUCGAGGCGGUCCCGGUCCCGGCCCCGGCGGCGGUUGCGCAGGCGCCCCCGGGCCGAGAGUUUUGGAAGCGCCGGAAAGUUGUGUCUGGGUGUUGGGUGUGUGCCGCCUGCUGUCACUGCCACCAUGUCGGGCUCCUCCAACGUGGCGGCCAUGAAGAAGGUGGUGCAACAGCUGCGCCUGGAGGCCAGCGUGACUCGCGUCAAGGUUUCUCAGGCUGCUGUGGACCUGAAGCAGUUCUGCCUGCAAAAUGCACAGCACGAUCCCCUGCUGACAGGAGUAUCAUCAAGUACAAAUCCAUUCCGUCCCCAGAAAGUUUGUUCAUUUUUGUAAUUACGUGGACUACUUAGGUAUCUUUCAGUGAUCUUUUAGCAUCUUUUCCUAACUGCUGAUGUCUGUAGGGGCAGAGUGCCUUGAGGAGUGGCCUGGUUUGAAGUCUGUACAAAAGCUUAGCUUUAAUGUGCCAAAUCUAACUGUAAAAUGCUACUGUUGUCAAACCUCUUACCAUCUACCUCUCCAAAAGAACUGUAUGCUAGUUACAAUAAUUCUGUUCAUGAGGGAAUCAGUUUUAUAUACCAAGCAAAAAAUAAAAAUGUUUUGACUUA